AUGGACUUCAGCAAGGGAGAAGAGAGUAUACAGAAAUACUGGGAGGCAAUUAAGGCUUUUGAAAUGAGCAACAAGCUCAGCAAGGGCAAGAAGGAGUUUUCAUUUUAUGACGGCCCACCUUUUGCAACGGGCCUUCCGCACUACGGGCACAUUCUAUCGGGGACGAUAAAAGACACGAUAACGCGUUUCUACUAUCAGCAGGACUACCACGUAGAGCGAAGGUUUGGGUGGGACUGCCACGGGCUGCCGAUUGAGUACGAAAUAGACAAGCUGUACAACAUCAAGACCAAGCAAGACAUAGAGAAGAUCGGCGUGAAGCAGUACAACGAGUACUGCCGAGAAAUUGUCAUGAAGUAUUCGGCGCAGUGGGAGAACAUAGUUGGCCGCAUGGGGAGGUGGAUAGACUUCAAGAACGACUACAAGACCAUGGACUUCAGCUUCAUGGAGAGCGUCUGGUGGGUGUUCAAGGAGCUGUACAAAAAGGGCCUUGUGUACAGGGGGUACAGAGUCAUGCCGUACUCCACGGCGUGCAGAACCCCGAUGAGCAACUUCGAGGCAAACCAGAACUACAAAGUAACCACAGACCUGACAGCAACGGUGCGGCUGCCCUUGCUCAAGCCAAUAACUUUGAACGGGAGGGAGUACGCGAAGGUCUCGUUUUUGGCGUGGACAACAACGCCGUGGACGCUGCCAGGAAACUCUGCUCUGAUGGUGGGCCCUGGAAUGGACUACGUUCUUAUCCCGGACAAGGUGGAGGGCGCGCACGUUAUUGUGGGGAAGUUCUACGCAAAGAAGGCAAAGCCUGCUGAGGCGUUCAAGGGCGCGGACAUACUCGGCGUUGAGUAUGCGCAGCCGUUUGCGCACUUUGAGGAGAGAAGAGGCAGCGGGUACUUCCGAACGUACGGAGCAGAGUUUGUGGUCGAGGGGGCUGGCACAGGAAUAGUGCACUGUGCGCCCGGGUUUGGAGAGGAGGACUAUAACGCGUUUGUGAGCAACGGCAUCAUCCGGGAAAACGACGAGGUGGUCUGCCCGGUCGACGAGAGCGGGUGCUUCACGCAGGAGGUGGCCGAGUAUGCGGGCCGGUAUGUCAAGGAGAAGGAGCUCGAGAAGGAGAUCAUCCGGCGCCUUAAGGACAGCGGGGCUCUGUACGAAACCACGUCGGUGGACCACAGCUAUCCGUUCUGCUGGCGGUCAGACACGCCCCUCAUAUACAAGGCAGUGCCCAGCUGGUUUGUGCAGGUGAAGGACGCAGUGAAGGACCUCACGGAAAUGAACAAAAAGAUCAACUGGAGCCCGAAGGCAGUUGGGGACGGAAAGUUCGGGAAGUGGCUGGAAAAUGCGCGCGACUGGUCCAUAUCCAGAAACCGGUACUGGGGAACGCCCAUUCCCAUCUGGAUACGGGAGGGCGCAGGCGCCAAUCUGACAGAGGACGACAUCAUUUGCGUUGGGUCGUCGGAGGAGCUUAACGAGCUCUCGGGCGUGAAGGUGACAGACCUGCACAAGGACAUUGUGGACUGCGUGGUGAUAGAGAGGAACGGAGUGAAGUACGUCAGAACCGAGGAGGUCCUGGACUGCUGGUUCGAGAGCGGAAGCAUGCCGUACGCACAGAAGCACUUCCCGUUCGAAAACGAGAAGCGGUUCCAGAUGACGUUCCCCGCAGACUUUAUUGCAGAAGGCCUUGACCAGACGCGGGGGUGGUUCUACACGCUCCACGUGCUCUCGGUGCUGCUGUAUAGCUCUCCGGCGUUCAAGAACGUGAUGGUCACGGGGCUGGUGCUGGCCUCGGACGGGAAGAAGAUGAGCAAGCGGCUGAAGAACUACCCAGACCCCGUGGAGAUAAUGAACACGCACGGGGCAGACGCAAUGAGAAUGUACCUGAUCUCGUCCACGGCAGUGAAGGCAGAAAACCUCAAGUUCACAGAGGCCGGCGUGACAGGCAUUCUGAGAGAGCUGCUGAUUCCGUGGCAGAACUGCCUUAGGUUCUUGAAAACAACGUCGAGCGCGCAGGCCGAGGACACGACCGGCUGCGACGUUGAGGACAUCGCGCUAAGCGUGUCUGACAUGAGCAUAAAAAUGAGCGAAGACGAAAGCCUGCUGGACCUUUGGAUUCUGCAGGAGUUUGAGGAGUUCUCGCUCUCUGUGCAGAGGGAGGGCCUGGCCUACAGGCUGCACAGCGUGCUUCCUAUGGCCGUGGACUUUUUGGGAGACCUUAGCAGGUGGUACAUCCGGCUCAGCCGAGACAGGCUUAGAAACACAGAAAUGAAGGUGCUGAAACACAUUCUGAAAGGCUUCUCUGUGAUUAUGGCGCCGUUUGCGCCGUUCUUCAGCGAGGUGUGCUACCAGGAGCUGUGCGGAGACGGCGAGGGCUUCUUUGCGUGCGACGUGCCGGAAAUGGUGAGCCGGCGGGGAAGCGAGGCCGGGCUGUCUGUGCACUUCCAGAUGUACAAGGCCCAGAUAGAGAGAACAAAGGAGAAAAUACUGAAAAUAUCCAAGCAGACAAAGGCAGCUUCUCUGGACAAAAUUUUGACAGACUUCAGAAAAGUAAAGAGCGUGAUAGAAACCGUGCGCGUGAUUAGGGAAAAGUGCGAAAUAGCGCUGAAGAUGCCGUUGAUGGAGAUUUCAGUCGUGGGGAUGGAGGACUCUCCGGUGCUUACAAACAUCCUGAAGAAAGAGUCUAACUCCAUGCGCGUGGUGUAUAGACAGGAGAGCGACUACGCGUGGAAGAAGGAGGUUGUUCCAGACUUCAAGAAAAUCAGCGCGCUGUACGGCGGGGCGGAGGUCCAGAAAAGGUCAUCUGCCAUCCGAAAGUGUGCUGGGGACCAGGAGUCGAUAGAAGGCUUGAUGCGCUCGGGGAGUGCGCUGCUGGAUGGGCUUAGCAUCACCCGCGAGGAGGUGAUUUACAGAAGAGAGGCUGUUCAGCUGCCGCCAACCCAGAGAGGCGCAGCCGCGUCAGACACUAUCUACGUGGUGGUGCAGACGGAGCGGACCCCGGAGAUAGAAGACCUGUGGAUCCGGAGAGAAGUCAAAAGCUGCGUGCAGAAGCUCAGAAAAAAGGCAGCUCUCUGCAUAUCAGACAGAGCACUUCUUCACGUGGCAGGGAUAGAAGCAUCUCACGUGAUCUGCGACGCAAACACACGCAUAACAGGAGAACUGCCUGCUGACGCUGUGACGGAGGUGCUGAAGCUGGCCAAGCAGACGAUUACGCUGUCGCUAUCAAAGGAAAAGUAG